AUGGUUGAGAAACAGAAGAAACCCGUUACCCACUUCACCAUUAAUAUUCCUAUGCUUCUCUUCCUUGCCUUGUGUAUGAGCCAGCACCCUCUUCUUAGUCAUUGCCAACUUGACUACAACUUCUAUUACAAAACAUGUCCUCUUUUGGAGGGGAUUGUUAGGAAUGGUGUUUGGUCUGCUAUUAUGAAUGACACCAGGAUUGCUGCUUCCAUCUUACGGUUGCACUUCCAUGACUGCAUCGUUAAUGGAUGUGAUGCGUCCGUACUUUUGGAUGACACGGUAGACAUGACUGGGGAGAAGAACGCGGGACCUAAUCGGAAUUCGCUGAGAGGGUUUGAAGUUAUAGACAACAUAAAGGCUGAUGUUGAGAAGAACUGCCCAUCAACUGUCUCCUGCGUUGAUAUCCUUACUCUUGCCGCAAGGGACGCAGUGGUUCUUUCAGGUGGUAGUUACUGGUAUGUCCAGUUGGGAAGGCGUGAUGGCACAACGGCUAAUGAUCAAGCAGCGAACCAGCAAAUCCCAUCACCCUUUGAGCCUCUAGAUAACAUCACAGCCAAGUUCACUUCCAAGGGUCUUGACAUCAAGGAUGUUGUGCUGCUCUCAGGUGCACACACCAUAGGUUUUGCGCAAUGCUUCACCUUCAAAAGGAGAUUAUUCGACUUCAAGGGCUCUGGUAAACCAGAUCCAAAUCUGAACUCAAAUCUCCUCCAAAACCUGCAAAGCACUUGUCCUAGCAGCGACUCAACGAACAGCAAUAAGCUCGCACCUCUUGACCCAGUGACCAUCAGCAAGUUCGAUAAUGUGUAUUAUAAGAACUUACUAAACAAUUCAGGUCUUCUGGAAUCCGAUCAAGCGCUUUUGAUAGAUCCAAAGACUGCCUCAAUGGUUGAUUACUAUAGCAAGUACCCUUACAUGUACACUUCAGACUUUGGUGCAUCAAUGGUGAAGCUCAGCAAUGUUGGAAUACUUACAGGACAAAAUGGACAAAUAAGGAAGAAAUGUCGUUCUGUAAAUUGA